GCAAUUGUUUAAAAUAAUUUCGUAAAAAUGUUAAAUGUCCGAUAACCAUCAAACACGUGCUUUUAACAAACAUUCAUAAACAUUCAUAAAAGUUUAUGAAAAUUUUCAUUAUUGUUGAAUAUCCGUGUCAGAUAAAUGAUUGUGAAUGAAAACGCGUACCUAAGCAUUUACCGUCGAUCCGUAGAAAUGGUGAAUAUCCAUUUAUCUCCACCGAACGUGCAAAAACACAAAUGAACUGCCAUUGUCUUUAAUGUGUCAACAUUAUUUCAAAAGCUCGCUAUCCUUUUUAAUUGUUUACUGAAGUACAUACUCGCUCUUCAAAAUGUUGCCGAAUAUUCGCUAAUGUUCGCUAAUGUGAAUUUUCUUUGGCGGAGACACGAAUGACGAACAAUAACUAAGGAUUGCUAAUAUUUACGAACAUUUAAGAUAAUGUCGAUACAUCAAAGGAAAUCCGCUGUUCUUAAAUUUGGCCCUCGUUUGAACGCCCCGAUUUUACGUUACAUUUCCUCCUUUCCUUCUUUCCUUUUGGGAUAGUUAUUGCAAUAUACGUAUGUAAGAACGUAACUGGAGCCAUUUCUCUAUAUUUGGUAAUGUUUCUUAACCCUUCGAGCGUUAUUGGCCUUCCACGAUAUGGAAAUGGAAUACGUACUAGUUUCUCAGGAAAGGUACAAAAAGAACUGCUCCUGAGAGACAUAUUUCGAUAUUCUACGAGCUCAAAGAGGAAAUGAAAAUAACGAUGCGUUUCUUUGUAAAAGUAAUUUUAUAGUGGACGAUUAAAAUGAUAUAGUACUUGACAUAAUAUAGUACAAUUAAUUUGACACAUCUUAUGAUUUAAUUGCUUACCGAUAUAUAUUUAUAUUUAUUUAUUCACAGAUUUAAUAGUAUCUAAUAUGUGAUAGAAAAAGAAGGAAAUAAUCUCUCUCUCUGACACGUUCUACAACAAUUUUUAAAUUUUCUGAGACUAUAGAAAAAACUAAUAAUAUGCAAAAAAUAUACUUUUCAUUUUGAGAGAAACGAUUCAAAUCGUAAAACGUUGGCUCAUUUCUCAAAGAAUCCUUUUAAUCAUCCCUUAAAAUCAAUUGCCCUUAUAUACCAAUACUUAACCUAGCAAUAGAACUUUUAUUUUACAAUAAAUAUUCGAGUUCCUAACACUAUAAUAAACAUCCAUUUCCUUUGAUCUCUGCACCUUCGAUCCAUUACUUUCCCAUCUCUUUUACAUUCUCUCUGACAUCAUCGAACUAAAAUGUUUUCGUCCUAACACCGUACCAAUCAUCGACCUAUCAAGAAACUUUUCAACUAUAAGUCAUUGUUUAAUCGAGCGACGUUUCCGCGAAGGGCGAAGUAAAGCAAAUGCAUCGUCUUUUAAUACGGACGAUUCUUAUCAAGCGUUCUUGACUCGUGUUCCAGCUAGAACGAAACAGAGAUCGGCGACAAUCCCAACAGCGAGGCAUUCACAGAGCCGUGACACUCUCCUCUGUGGCCAGUCGAGUGCGAAGAACGUUAAAUUCGCGAGGGGCGCUGGGUGGCUUCGCAUAGUCAAGGACAAAGCUCGAAAGUUUUUCGUCCACGUGACAGUUGAUCGAUACACAGACUAGCCAAAAGUACCAAACGAGCUAACUGCUCGAACAACGAUUAAAGUACAAUAAAUCGAGCAGUGAUUCUGCAAGAAAGACGCUCUCAUAUAUAAUACAUGUAAUAAUUUUUAAGUGAUUAGGAAUAUUGUCAAUUUUAUGCAUUUAUGGGAAACUUGAAGAUAGUUUCAAAUAAAGAUCAAAAAGUUGUUUUAAAUAAUGUUAAAAAUAAAAAUAUAGAAAAUACAAAUAAUACGCAGAAAACAUUAAAAAUAUCCAAAAUAGAAUAAAACUAUUUUCUACCUAAGUUCCAUUCUUUUACUUGCAUUUACCAAAAUAUGACUGCAUAAAUAUCUGCAUUCUAGUGAUCAGAUUGUUACAACCAGAUGUAUAGAUCACAGAUCUUAUAUAUCAAAAUUUUAAAUAACCUGUAUAAAGCUUAAAAUUCGACGAUCAUCUGCAAGGGGAAAUUCUUUGAGAAAGUCUGAUAGGGAAAUUGUUGUCGAAUUAACUUUCAAUACUAUGUGCAACGGAGGAAACAUUAUAAGAUGAGUGUUAUAAUGCACGAAGGUAGAAUGAAGAUAGCUUAUACGGUGAUAACGACGACCUCGAGCCGAUAGCGAGGUUGGCAGAACCUCUUGUUGCGGGAUUCGACAACGUUUAUGUCAAGGAUAUGUGGGAUGGAUUUUGGAUUUGUAAAAUUUUAUGAAACUAUGGAGUAGCUUGGAUAUUUGACAAGAACGAUAGUGCUCUAUUGCUAAUAUCGCCGAUGGCAAUAUAGUGUUGCCUGAUUCAUUUUAUAAUUGUGAAAUCCUUAGAUGAUGAUGACGAAAAUUGGAUACAUUGAAAUUAAAAAAGACGUGCACGUUACAAAAUACGACAGUUAGAGUCACGAAAUUACGAAACAGGACAUCCUUAAUUCCGCAAUAAGGAAACCUCAUCGAGACGAUUCGAGACUCGCUACACUUAGAUCCAACGUGUGUUAAGUUGAGCAAGCCAAGGUUGACGUCUUCACCGUUGUGAAAUUUUGCCGCAGUAAGAGUGAUAAAUCUGUGAUAUAUAUACUGAACUUAUAAAAGCUAUUUCGAAUUGGGAUUAGAUAAGGAUGAUCAGGAUUUGUGGAUGCUGGAUCAUGACAGAUCUUCCUGUGAAUUACUCGGAGAACUCAUACUGCGACGAGAAGCAAUCCACGGACGAAGAAAAAAAGUACCAUUACUGAAUAAUGGCACCGCCAAAGAGGAAAUCAAAAGGCCGACUAUGGAAGAAACAAAUAAUAGGGCCACGUUAUAGCUAUCAACAACGUCCUAAGCGACAAAAUAUGCCACGUCGAGUACAGACUCUUUAUCAACCCACGACUGUACGAGAAAUGGUGUACAGGUUGCUCAACAGCAAACAUAACCAAGGAAAAAAGCAAAGAGUCCCUGGAAGCGGCAGAAUCCACGGAAGCAUGCGGAAAUAUCAAAAUACACGGGAGUCUUCGUACGAUAGUUCGCCCCAUCGCGAUAGCUCGCCAUCCAUUCAGGACUCAGAGUACACAAAAUCCGUGGCAACAUCCGUGGAGAACUUGUCGAGGGUGAUGGAGGCCACUAAUAGCUCAGUGGCCAGCAGCUCUGGCAACAGCAGCGUUUCGAAUGCCUCCGUGGAACCGCUUGCUCUCGCAAAGACGAUCGAUAACACUAGAGCCUUACUGAAGAAAAAAUCUUUCGUUCAGGUCAUCAACAAUUACAUCAAGGCCGGAAUAGAGGAAGGAAAACGGCAAGCGAAGAAGUACAUCCGCAAGGCACUUUCCUUCGGCGUGAAAUCCGGUUACCUAAUUCCUGCUGGUCCACAAGGACAAGUGAUACGAGUAUCUCCAACGUUGAUAGAAUCGAAGAAGAGUGACAUAGAAUCACGGAAAAGACGAAGGAGGGCCAGGAGAGGUGAAGAAGACCCAAUGGCCGAUGCCCAGAAACGGCGUCGAUUGACCCCUCCUUGGGACACGAAGAACAUCACACGCCGUGAAAGUACACCAAAACCGGAAACUCCGCCUCGAAAAAGAAGGAAGACCUCGAAAAGUUCGAUUCAGGCGAAGAAGAGUCCCAGGAAGAAAACCAAGGAACGUGCUCUACGGGAAAGCAGAAAAAGGAGAACUAGGAAAGGAAAAAAAGAUAAGUUAAUAAUAUCAACGUUGUCCAAGAGCCCGAGCAACAAAAUCGACGAGACUCAAAAGAAAAUAGGAAGUACGCGAAACUCGUACAAAUACAAUGUGGACAAGGGAGAAGAGGAUCACAGAAAUCGCAGGGCUAAGUCUUCCCGUUCAAAAAAAGAAGAUAAUGAGAAUUCGAAAGAGAAUAAACCAGACUCGAGCAACGAGGAUGAAUACAAUGCGGAAUUGAGCGAAAACGAAGAAAUCAAUGAAAGAAUGGCGAUAGUACGACAGAAAUCGACGACCAGUCGAGAGGACGCUUUGCGAAAUAGCAGCGGAUCAUCCGAAAAUCCAGGGAAAAUCGUCGAAGAAAAAUUGGAUGCCCCCUAUGAAGAAAAUAACGAGAACGAUACAAUUGAGAAUUUGGAUUAA